AUGUAUGUGAACGUAACAGCCAUCUCCUUCAAGAUCAGCAGGAGCGUUCACUGUAUCUCCAACUCGAGACUCAACAGCGGCCGGGCUCGCAAAGACCUGACAUGGCCGCAGUUUGGUCUACCAAGAUUGGCUAGUACCUUCACGAUAAGCAAUUGCCAGGCGCUCUCUAGUACUGGGAUUGCUCUCAAUCAUGUCCCUGCAGGUGUUAAAGAUGCAAGUGAUAAGAAGAUUCUUGUUGAUAUGUUGUUUUGGGCUGUGGACAAUGCCGCGCCUGCUAAUUAUUUGUUAAUUUCUGGUGAUCGAGACUUCUCUAAUGCUCUCCAUCAGUUGCGAAUGAGGAGAUACAAUAUUCUUCUGGCACAGCCCCAGAAAGCAUCCGCACCCCUUCUUGCGGCUGCAAAGAGUGUAUGGCUCUGGACAAGUCUUUUGGCAGGAGGACCGCCUCUCAGUGAAGGUGAAUCACUGCAACCUGAUAGUAAUAGCUAUAUGUCCACUUCAGAAACUUCACAGAUGCCAUUGACUGAUGCCGCUCAAUUAAAACAACCAGCGGAUUCCUAUUCUGAGAAUCCGUAUCUGGCAAACCAGAAGUCUCCUUACACAGCAAGGGGUUAUGACAAUAAACAGAAAGGGAAAAACAUCCGAAGAAGCCCAAGCCAGACAAAUGGAUCAAAGACAACAAGUGUGCCUCUUUGGACCCAAGAAGAUCAACAUAAUACAAACUCUCACCAACCGGGUACUUAUUUCCCUAGAGUUCCCCUUAGUGGACCUGCCCCAGAUUUUGUUCAUGGAAAUACUAAUUUUACUUGGUGUGAUGUCCCCUAUGUUAAUGACAACCACCAAAAUCAUUAUACACAGCAAUUAAGGCCAAACAAUUCAGCGAUGCAACCUGACUUUGCGGCAGGUGGUUUUUAUCCUCCUCCUUAUCUUCACCCUUGUGGUCCUCCUCCAAUGCCUGCCAGGCCCAACGGAACAAGUUCUAUGCCUGAACCAUAUAUGAGUGCGCCUGAUAUUGGUAAUUUGAACAUUUCUGGAUACUCCAUCAACUUUAACCCUCAACGACGAAAUCCAGAGGUAAAACAUGAUUCCAAGAAGAAACUUCCCCGAUCUGUAAGCUCAAGUAACUCGCAAAAUGGAAAUAUGGCACAUAACUCACCAUCAAUUUACCAGGAUGAGAUGCCCAACCAUAGAUACUCCAGUCAUCCAGAAUAUCUGUCAUCAUCUUCAUCAGCAAUGGGGGCUAGUGUUGCUCCAGGAAGUGUUAUAUGGGGGAGUCCAGGAUGCCCAAAACCUUCUGAAUACGUUCAAGGCCUUAUAGGUGUGGUCUUGCUUGCCUUGAACACCCUUAAAAGUGAAAAGAUAAUGCCAACCGAAACAAAUAUAGCUGACUGCAUCAGAUAUGGAGAUCAGAAGCAUCGUAACACUGACAUUAAGAAGGCCCUUGAGUGUGCCAUUGAGCAUCAGAUGGUAGUGGCACAGAGCUUAGGUGCGAUGCAGUUGUUUGUUGGUAAAAACGAGAAACUGUGGAAAUGUGUCAACCCUAUUGGUGGCAGCCCGAAACAAAUCCCAAAAGCAACAUGGGAUGAAAUUCAACUUUUUCUGAUAUCCUCUGCCGGGCGAUCUGCAAUCUUGGCUUCUCAGUGCAGGUAUGAAGCAGGUACUAUUUUAAAGAGAAAGUGCUUGAAAGGACAUGCUCUGGGUGAUAUCCUUCAGAUCUUGAACAUGGUAAUUGGCUAUAAAAAAUGGAUCAUACAUCAUCCAUCAGGAUGGCAACCAAUUAGCAUUACACUAUCAGAGAUCGAUAGCGAUUUAUGGUCUGCAGAGGGCACAUAAUAUUAACUAUGGUAAGGGAAGGAGCCUGCAGUCAGCUAAGGGUAGUAUUUCAAUGAUGCUUGGCUUGGCGUGAGGCUGGUAAAAAAAAAGGUUCCAAAUCCUUGAAAUUGGAAAAUAGGUAGUAAAAGUUAGAGUUUAUUUAUGCUGGCGUCUUUAGUGCAUAAGGAUGGCCAUCUUAUAUCAACCUUUUGUUUUCUGAGAAGCUCUUAAGUUUAUCUUGAGGUUUAGUUAAAAGAGUUCUUGGACAACCUCAAGUCAAGGAGACAAUUUUCUGGGGAGCAUAUUUUCUAGCUGCAAAUCUAUCUACUUAAUGCAGUUAGGUCUUCCUUUUAUUCUUCAGUAGUGCAAUGGGGUGGUGGCCUUAGUUUCACUCUUGAGCUUCUAGCACACCACCACGAUUAAACCAUGAUUUUACUUUUUUUAGUAGGAAACCUGAGCUUUCAAUUCAAGCCAUCUACAGAAAUUUUAUGGAUGAAGAAGAUCUUAUCUUCUAGCAUAUAUGCCUUUCAACAAGUUUAUAUAACCACCUAAUAGCCUCUUAAUGUAUUGCAACUGAGAUGGAUUUUGUUACUUGUCACCUGAAAUUUUCCGGGGAGUUGCAUUGGUUCUCAGAAGUCAGUUUAUUUAAGUUGUACACCAAUGAUGGAAAACCAGAAUCUGCUAUUGCUUAUUCUAAGCUUGACUACUGGAUGGAAACAGAAGAUGGAAGUUGAGCGGUGAAAGCACCAACUGAGCAAAGCAAAAUAUGUAAUUUAUGCAAAUUUGGAAGAUUUUUACAACAAAUUGACCUAUCACAUUUGACUGUGAUUUAGUCUUGAAGAAGUCAAGACAGGAGAACACAACACAACAACAAAUGAUGGGUGUAUGCUGCAGAGAUUGGAUGCUGAAAUCAUCUACCUUGGUGGGUAUUCUAACUUUGGUCAUUAAAAAGGUGAUGUUCAUGCAACUUCUCUGGUCAUCGGAUGCUAAAGCCCUUUCGUUUUCCUUCUUCUGCUUGUUGCUGUCAUGGAUGGUAAAGUAUGUGUAAACCUCCAAUAUAGAAGUUUGAGUAUAUGAGAUGCGUGAGGAGCUGCUUGCUUAGCAUUUUGUGUGUACCUUGUAGUUCUCUCUGGCUUGUAUGGCUUUGAUGGAUGUGUUUGCAUUUAAAUGAAAUGGUAUUUGUUCAGCCUUUGUUCAUUA